AACAACAGCGUGAAGUUGGCAGCAUUGUCGUGUAAGGAUUAGUGACUACCAUCGUGCAUGGGUUUUGUCGAUGGAUUUUUACAUCAGAAGAGACUCGUUUUCCGGUAAGAGAACAUCUAUUUGACGUGAAAAAUAACCCAUUGUCGUUGUUUUAUUCGGCAUUUGUCGUGACAAUUUGGCAGCUGGUCGGCCCAGUGGUUUUGUUUUAAAUUGGCGGUAAUAGAGCAUAAGAUUACCGGCGUUCGUUUUGGAUAACGACAGUGCGAUCAUUUGCCCGGGAUUUUUUUUAACUCUUGAUAAUCAACCCCUUUUAUCACACAACAAUCACUCACAACGUAUAGUUUUUCCUGUAAAAUAACAAUCUCAAGAAAACAAGGCCGUCUGGCUGUGCCGACGCCACAGACUUUCAUUGCGGAUGCUCAAUACAGUCACCUAAGCGUCAUCGUAUUAAAUCCAAUCGUCAACGAUAAUUAAAUCUUUUGAGAAUAUUCUUCGACAGAAGAGGGAGACAUCACAUUAUAUAUACACAUAUCUAUCCAUGUGUAUAUCUGUACAUCUCCAUCUACAUAGACACCAACAAAAAUAUACAUACCUAUAAAUUAUACAUAUAUCAUAUAUAUGUACCUGUAUACACAUAUAUAUAUUUAUUUAAGAGAAUAUAAGGAGGGAGUGCGAGAAAGAGAGGGUGAGGAUACCAACGAGGAAGGACAAUAAUCGCGGCGUCGGUGGCUGCUGCGACAACGACAUCAAGACAAUACAAUAAUCAUAAGUAUAGUUUCAGUAUCACAAUAGUAACAACAAUAAUAAUAAUCAUAAUAAUAAUAAUAAUUAUAGUUCUACUAGUUGUAACAUAAAUAAUAAUUAUAUUAAUAAUAUUAUUAUUAUCCGACAAAAGGGACACCUUUGAUUAAUAAAAUCAUCAGUUAGAAGGAUAAUAACAAGAGCUAGCCAUGAAGCUGGUCGACCACGUGGUGAGGAGCUUUAAAGUUGCCAAGAUAUUUCGUGAGAACUCGGACCGAAUAAAUAGCAUCGAUUUUUCACAAAGUGGUGACACACUGAUAUCCUGCUCCGAAGAUGACCAAAUAGUGAUUUACGAUUGUGAAAAGGGGACACAAAUGCGUACAGUUAAUUCCAAAAAGUAUGGUGUGGAUCUUAUACACUUUACUCACGCGAAAAACACAGCAAUACACAGCAGUACCAAGGUCGAUGACACAAUACGCUACCUGAGUUUACACGACAAUAAAUACAUAAGAUAUUUUCCUGGUCACACCAAGAAAGUCGUGUCUCUGUGUAUAAGUCCUGUGGAGGACACCUUUCUCUCGGGUUCGCUCGAUAAAACACUCAGACUUUGGGACCUGAGAUCACCCAACUGUCAUGGAGUGAUGAACGUCUCCGGGCGACCAGUCGCGGCAUACGACCCCGAGGGCCUCAUAUUUGCAGCGGGUGUAAACUCGGAGUGUAUAAAGCUCUACGACCUCCGUAGCUUCGACAAGGGACCUUUUGUCACUUUUAAACUGACGCAGGAGAAAGAGUGCGAUUGGACAGGACUAAAAUUCAGCCGUGAUGGCAAAACUAUUCUGAUAUCAACAAAUGGCAGCAUUAUACGUCUAAUUGAUGCUUUUCACGGGACGCCUCUCCAAACGUUCGCGGGGUACCUCAACAACAAAGGUAUCGCCAUCGAGGCUAGCUUCAGUCCAGAUUCACAAUUUGUUUUCAGUGGUUCUACGGACGGAAGAGUUCACGUGUGGAAUGCCGACACCGGCUACAAGGUUUGUGUGCUAAAUGGUGAUCACCCAGCCCCUGUGCAGUGUAUUCAAUUCAAUCCAAAGUAUAUGAUGCUCGCAUCAGCAUGUACUAACAUGGCAUUUUGGUUGCCGACUGUCGAAGACACUGCGUAAGACUUUUACAUAUUUGUUUUAUUUUAUAAAUAUACACGAUACGAGUACAACAGGAUCUCAUCGGUACAGGGAGUGCAAGUAUAAUUGUUGUGAAUAAUUAAGGAUUUAAAAUAAUUUAUACAGUUACUACUUGUUUAACAACAACACAAGAUGCAUUUUUUACGAAUAAAGUAAUAAUUGUUUGUACGACUUUCUCGUCAUCUUAAUCACAGGAUGAGAAAAUACUGAGAAUGAAGAGUAAUAUAAUUUUCUUUUUCUUUAUAUAAAUAUAUAUAUAUAUAUAUACACAUAUAUAUUAUAUGUAUAAAUUUAAUUAAAUAGUGUAAGGAACUUUGCUUAGCGUGUAAUUAAGAGCACACGCAUCGAAACGUGAUCGACAAUGCGCCGCCUAUAUUUAUAAUAUUUUAUUAUAUAAAAUAUAUAUAUAUAUAUAUAUAUAUAUAUAUAUGAUAUAUUUUGUUUUUUAAUUUAGAGAGAUAGGUUUGUUAUCGCCAUCAUUGACAUCGACACCACCAACACCGAUACUAUUUAAAUAAUGGGUAUAAGUUUAUUAUCUUCGGUCACAUUAUUACUGAACUUUAAAUUAAUACCGUUAGUAUUGACAUGUUUGUAUCCGUGUACAUAGUUAUGUUCCUGUGUACCUGUGCUUAUCAUAACAGCUACAAAAAAAAAAAAAAAAAAAAAAAAAAAACAAAAAGAAUUGUACAUUUGCAAAGUUAAUUUUGAUAAUUGUCGUUUAAACAACCGAUUCACUUAAUUUGCUUUGAUAAAUUACUGCCGGAAUAAUCUAGUUCGUAAACUAAACUUCCAUUUCCGAGCCAAAGCUAUUUUAUUGUUAUUUUUUAAAAUGAAAUAAUUUAUGAAUCGGUUGAUUAAAUGCAGAAAACAAAAUAAAUUAAAAGUUUAAAAAAAAGUAAACCCUGUGGCCCUUUCGUUUAUGUAAAUACGGCACACCUUUUAUUAUUCAUAUAUUAUAGGAUAACAUGUAUAACAAACGUUCCCUUUCUCAUUCUCUCUCAAGUUUAAAACAUUUUCUCUGCUCUCCUCAUUUAUUCUGCAUGAAAUCAACGGGAAUAAAUAUAUACAUAUAUCUAUAUAUUCAUAUUGCAUAAUAUUAAAUGUAGAUGUAAGGAUGAAUGUGUGAGAAAGGCGCAAGCGUUUGUGAUUUUACGAUACGAUACGAGUAUAGAUGUACAACUCGAUGUAAUAUAGUAUUUUUUAUAAAAUGUAAUAAACAAAAAAAAAGUUAUUAAUAUUAAUUAAUUAUUAUUAUAUAAUCGCAAUUGAUAUCAAUCGAAUUAUUUGUCUUCAAUCAUUAUUAAUAAUAUGCGCAAUUAAAUCCAAGUAUCAUCAGGAGUUUAUUAAUUAUAUAAAUAUUUGUAUAUCUAUAAGAAAAUUAUAGAGAUUACACAAAAAUUUUGUAUUGUUUAACCAUUAAAAUAUUUAAUACUUGUCUGAAAUUUCAUUGAAUUUUACUGCCGUAUACAUGUAAAUAUUUAAAAAAAUAUUAUAUUGAAAUAAAAAAUUAAUAAAUAAAGUAAACAUUAUGAUAAUGAUAAAUAUUAAAUAAUUGACGCUGUGAGAGAUAAUAGCAUAACAUUUUUGAUGACUAAAAUUAUAAAUAAACUGAUAUGAUCAACAUUACGUCAAUUUAGUUUUUCUGUGAUUUCCGGCUGAUCAUCACGUUAUACAAUUAUCUAUAGAUUUUUAAAAUACAAACUAUAACCGUACAUAUAUUCAUUAGUACCAAUCAUUAUGAUAAUAACAAUAACUGUUAUUAUUAAUUAAUAAUUACUCAAAAAUUAAUACAGUUUUAAUUUAAUGAAUAGUACUGAGUAGAAAACCAGGACCGAGCUAAUACCGAGUAGCAUGUAAAAAUUUUGCAUAAAAAAGAUUAGUUGAUUAACUUAAAUAUUAAAUUAACUAAAAAAAAAAAAAAACAAUAUUAAGUGUCAAAAGGAUUAAUUAAGCACGAUUUGAUGUAUUAAGCGAAUCGCGCUCCUUUUCCGUCCGUACAACAACAAAUUACAAACUUAGUAGAAUCAAAAAUGCUAAAACGUGGUUGUAAUAGUCAACGGUAUUUAAAAUGUUAAUUAAUAUAUUU